GUGGCUGUUGUCACUGGGACCAGAGAGGGAGAAUGAAAGAGAGGAAGAAAGAAGAGAGAGAGAGACAGAAAUAUGUCCUAGACUCAAGAUAUAGGACUGUCAGCUUGGAGUCAUUGUGGAUUGUUGGGUUAGAGUGGACAUACGAGGAAAUGAGAAGAUGUGGUAAAGAUGCACUGGUCGUCUGAGUGGGCAGAGCAACACUAUGACGUCUCCUCUACUACGUCACCCCCUGCCCACCCUAAACCUCUUUCAUACCCACAGACCAGUCGUCCGGGUUUCACUGGCUAUUCAGAUGACAUCAAUGCUCUGAGUGCCUCAACCCUACUGAAACGCUAUGCUGAAAGAUAUUCCUUCAGUCUGGCCUACCCGGAGCCUGGGACUUUCCGAAGAAGUGAGACCCCCCAGGAUGCCUGGUCUAUGGGCUACAACUCAGAAGGGCUCCCUGGGUUAGAGGGAAUAAAGGGGUCUUUGGGGGGUGCAAGUAACCUUUCAGAGCAAUUCAGCACCAGUGCCAUACCUCAGGAUUACUCGUCCACCUAUAGUGGUCCACACUUGUACCCGAAACCCACCUACUUGCCCCAGCCAGCGUUUGCCCUGCCACCUGCCUACCCACCUCCUGCACCAGGGUACACCUAUCCCCCCAGUCUAACAGCCCCUAGUUCUCCCUCCCUGCUUCCCUCAGGCAUACACACAGGCACACCUCUGAGCAGCAGCCUCCCAAACAACCACAGCAUUCAACCUCUUAAACGGCCUGAAGAGUUCCAGGAACUUCCCCGCAACAGGAAGUUUGGAUUUGAUCAGCCCAAAACUGCCCGAGUGUCACCUUACGCAGUCAGGGAUAACAGCGACCAGCCCAUUAGCGAGGGUAUUGGAAAUGGUAGUGCAGAUGUCCAAAACUUCAGCCAUCUCUCACAGCCAAAUUUGAAGGUAGAGCUGGAGAGGAAGAGCCAUCUGCAGCCCCUGGAGCCACCCUCUUAUGGAAGUCCAGACCAGUACACCUACCACUAAGUCUACUUGAGUUAUGCAAUAAAUAAGAUCUUUUAGAUUAGAACGCUUCCACUGGAUGUGCAUAAUACAUGCUCUCCACUUGAAACAGAAGAAGGGUAGUAACACAGAAGGCCUCAUUCACCAAUAUCUUCAAUUUCACCAGUAUGCUUUUUCUUAAGUAACACACCUUUGUGCUCUUGAGUAUGUAGAUUCUGUUCUUACUUAAGGUCAAAUCCCAAAUAAGAAAGCUGUUGAAUGUCAGAAUCUUUGUGAAAACUGUGUAAGUGGGUUUUAAGAAGAAAUUUCUUCUUAAGAAUGGUUGGUGAAUGAGGCCCAAUGUUAUGCUUAGGGUCACACAGCAUUCUAUUUUACAGUGACCAAAUUACUACUAAAGUGGGUUCCAGCACAAAUCGGCAGGGAGUCUUUAUGUUUAUAUCUCUCCAUUUUCUUUUCCUUAGUCUGAAUUUUGUUCUCUAUCCUCCCUUUUGCUCCCUCUCUGUAAUCAAUCUGUGUAGUGAAGCAUAUCCUAUAACUAUGGCAAGCACUAAUCCCCAAAGUCAAUCAAUACGUUCUAAUCCAAAAGAGGGUUUAGACAGAGAGGGAGGCUUGCAGCAAAGGAUGAGGAAGGCAAAGAAGGAUUCGAUUGUACAAUUAAAAUUAAAAAAUAAAUAUUGAGUGCUCAGGAAUGUAUGUUAUAAAUCAAUGCAUUGCAAUGUUUUGAUAGAUACACUGAAUAAGUAUUCUUGUUCAUAUAAAAACAUGUGCACUUGCACAUUAACAAAAAAAUAAAUAUAUGCAAACAGUGAGCCUCUGUAAAGAGAGGUUUCUCUGCAAGCCUCGAAUGUAACUCUUUUUCUCAGGAAUUGUGAAUGAAGCCAUAGAGUCCCAAUGUUAUUGGAUAAAUAAGGCUUUAGUACUAUUGGAAAUUUUAUAUAAGAAAGCUUACUUUACAGUCUGAUAAAAGCUUGAUGAAUGCUUUGUGAUUUUUUUCUUUAGUAUGGUUCUCAGUACUGUGUUACGUCUCAAUUUUAGAUUAGUUAUUGCUAAACGUAUCAUUUAUAAUAAGAGGUGUGAUUUCAUCAUUUCCCAGAAUGUUAUUCUUCAGCUGCUUAUCUAGAAAUAUCAGGCAACAGUUUAUCCCCUUCAGGAAUACUGUUUAUAUCACUUUUAUUUUAUUUUUUUUAAACGUAAAAAGUCAAAAGGCUGCUUCUCUUUGUGCCCGACAGCCAUGCACACAGCUUCCCUAAGCCUCCUGACAUGCAUCAGUGCCUGUAUUGUGAGAUGGUCUGUGUUAGUGGGAUACAUCUAGGGGCAUAGUACCUGAGGCAAAUGGCUGCUAAAUGAGAUUCAAAUAGAUUUACAAAUGGGUAACAAACAGUCCCAAGAGUGUUAACUGUUAUGCAACUGAAAUUUUUUGUCUCUGUAAUUCAAUAUGUUGUCAAAACCACUACCUCAUGUUUGCGUUUAUGUUGAGGUUAAAGUGUGGGUACAAGUAUGUAUUUCAUUUAUUUCGUUUUUAGUUGUAGAACAUCUACCUCAACAAUCCUUUAUGCAAAAUAAAAGCAACUGUACCAAUGC